UGUUUGGUUACUUUGGCAACUUCAGUGCUCACUUCGAUGCCUACCUAUGCCAUGCAAACUACGUACCUUCCGAUCUCUAUCUGUGAUGCUAUUGACAGGAGGGUACGAAGCUUUAUCUGGGGUUCUACGGCGGAUAAGAGAAAGAUCCACUUAGUGCAUUGGGAGGGCAUUUGUCGACCAAAACACGAAGGCGGACUUGGUCUACGCCAAGCGCAUGAGCUUAACCUUGCCUUUUUGGCAAAACUUGCUUGGGGUUUCAUCAAAAACCCAGAUGAAUUGUGGGUGCAGGUGCUGCAGGCCAAAUAUUUCCGGAAUGCGAGGGGAACAAUGGUGGCGAAGUCCAUGGCGCGAGCCUCUUCCCUUUGGCGAGGAAUGAGAAAGGCCUGGCCCAUCAUGACAUCUAGAAUGGGGAUGACGGUGAAGGACGGACGCUCCACGAGUUUCUGGACGGACCGCUGGGUGGGUGGUGACAUGACUCUCCUCGAUCACUCUUUGCUAGAUGGGCCACUACCUGACCUGACAACCCCAGUUGCCAACUUUGUCAACGAUCAAGCCUCCAAUCGCGGAUGUAGGCGAGGACGUCCCACUUGGUUUCCCGAGGAGGAUGGACGGUUCCGCGUCAGAUCUGCCUACGCCAUCGCCACUUCCUACGACGAGUCCACCCAGCAGACUGAUUGGCGCACCAUUUGGCAGUGGGAGGGCCCAGCCCGGGCAAAGCAUUUUCUCUGGCUGACGAUACGAGAUAGACUGUUGACCAAUGCUGAAUGCGAGCGGCGCCACCUGACGACAAUCACAACUUGUCCUCGAUGCAAGCAAUCUACUGAGACAGUCCUGCAUGUCUUGCGGGACUGCCCCUUUUCCCGGUUAGUUUGGAUGCAGCUAAUCCCUCUUUCGGAUCACCAGCGCUUCUUUGGCAGUUCACAGCAGGUUUGGAUCCUUGAUAACCUCCGGCAUCAGCACUUCAGCCUCGAGUUCGGUAUUACUUGUUGGGCCCUUUGGCGGUCCAGAAACGAUCUUGUCUUUGCAGGAAAGAUCGUCCCACCUGAAGCCUUCAUACAGCGGGUCCGAGCUUGGUUACCUGUAGUGAGGAAAGCUCUGGACCAGGACAGGCUCAUCCAUAGGCCUAGUCCACCCGCCAGAACGGAGGAGCUGAUCCACUGGCAGCCGCCUCCUCCCGAGUGGGUUUGCCUCAACUCUGACGGCUCCGGUUUCCCUUCAUCAGGCCAUGCUGCAGCUGGUGGUCUGAUUCGCGAUCAUUUAGGGCGUUGCUUAACAGCGUUCGCUAUUAACCUGGGCACCUGCUCUAUAACCCAGGCUGAGUUGAGAGGCGUUGUUGAAGGCUUACAGGUGGCUUGGGAUGCAGGUCAUCGCCGAGUACUAGUUCAACUGGAUUUCCAGUGUGCGGUGCAGCUGUUGCAAGGCGAGACGUCCGAUGACCAUCCUUAUGCGGCCUGCAUUUCCCGUUUUAGAGAACUUUGUUCUCGGUCUUGGAGUGUGAAAGUGUCCCAUAUCUACCGUGAAGGCAAUGUUUGUGCUGAUUACCUUGCUAGUCGAGGUCUCUCUCUUCCUUUUGGUUGUCAUUUGAUCCCGACCUCUGAUCCUUUGCUGUCUUAUUGGACAUUGUAUGACUGUCAGGGGGUUUCCAUACCCCGCUGGUUUUGA